AUGGCAAGCAAAGGAAGUAACACUGACGGCGUGUCAUGCAGUGUGCUGAACUGGGAGCAGGUCAGCCGUCUGCAUGAGGUUCUUACAGAGGUGGUCCCGAUCCACGGGCGCGGUAACUUCCCCACACUGAGGAUGACUCUGAAGGACAUCGUUCGGACUGUCCGGAGCAGGCUGAGCGAAGCGGGCAUCGUGGUGCACGACGUCCGUCUGAAUGGCUCCGCAGCCGGUCACGUCCUGGUUAAGGAUAAUGGGCUGGGGUGCAAAGACCUGGAUCUCAUUUUUCAAGUUUCUCUUCCAAGUGAGGCGGAGUUUCAAUUAGUUCGAGAUGUGGUGUUCCGAUCCCUCUUGAAUUUCUUGCCAGCAGGAGUAAGCAAGCUAAAAAUCAGUCCGGUAACCCUGAAGGAAGCCUACAUCCAGAAGCUAGUCAAAGUGUACACGGAGUCUGACCGCUGGAGCUUGAUAUCUCUCUCCAACAAACAUGGCAGGAAUGUAGAGCUGAAGUUCGUCGACUGUAUACGGCGACAGUUUGAAUUCAGUGUGGACUCCUUCCAAAUCAUACUGGACUCCCUGCUCUUUUACUAUGACUACUCAAAAACCCCCAUGUCGGAGCACUUCCAUCCCACUGUGAUUGGGGAGAGCAUGUAUGGAGACUUUGAGGCAGCUUUUGAUCACCUCCAGAACAAGCUGAUAGCUACCAAAAAUCCUGAAGAGAUCCGAGGUGGUGGUCUUCUGAAGUACAGUAACCUCUUAGUACGAGACUUCAGGCCCAUGGAUAAGGAUGAGAUCAAAACAUUAGAGCGCUACAUGUGCUCCCGAUUCUUCAUCGAUUUCCCAGACAUCCUGGAUCAGCAGCGCAAACUAGAGACCUACCUCCAGAACCACUUCUCCAAAGAGGAGAGGAGCAAAUAUGACUACCUCAUGAUUCUGCGCAGGGUAGUGAACGAGAGCACAGUCUGCCUCAUGGGACACGAGCGAAGGCAGACUCUCAACUUGAUUUCUCUGCUAGCACUCAGAGUGCUGGCAGAACAAAACAUCAUCCCUAAUGCCACCAAUGUUACCUGUUACUACCAGCCGGCACCCUAUGUUAGUGAUGUUAACUUCAGCAACUACUACCUUGCAAGUGCUCCCCUGCCAUACAGCCAGUCCUACCCCACUUGGUUGCCUUGCAACUGAUUGUUUCAC